CCUCCCUCCUCCUCUUCCUCUCCCUCACAGCCUCGCUCUCCUCUCCCGGCCAGCCGCCUUCCGCGGAGGGGGCGAGACGAGCGCAGAGCCCGCAGCGCCCCCCUCCACCCCGGCGACAAGCGAUGGACGACAUCCCCGGCCUCGUGAAAAUCAGCGUCUCCCUCAAAAUCCAGCCCAACGACGGGGCGGUGUAUUUCAAGGUGGACGGGCAGCGCUUCGGCCAGAACCGCACCAUCAAGCUGCUGACCGGAGCCAAGUACAAGAUUGAGGUGGCCCUUCGGCCCGGCACCGUCCAGGCCACGACAAUGGGCAUUGGGGGCGUCAAUGUCCCACUGGAAGAGAAAUCGAGGGAUGCACAGGUGGCCUCUUACACAGGGAUCUACGAUACAGAAGGGGUGCCCCAUACCAAGAGCGGGGAGAGACAGCCCAUCCAGGUCAACAUGCAGUUUAACGACAUUGGCGUUUUUGAAACAGUCUGGCAAGUCAAAUUCUACAACUACCACAAACGGGAUCAUUGCCAAUGGGGAAACAGUUUUGGCAGUAUUGAGUACGAAUGCAAACCAAAUGAAACGCGCAGUCUUAUGUGGAUCAAUAAAGAGACCUUCCAUUGAAGAGAUGCAAAACCAAUACUGCUGGACAAUCUCCCUAAAGAAAAAUCUACCUUUUUAAACCAGCAAGAAGCCUUAACAAAGGCAUACUGUACUGUUGCUUUGUUCCAUAAGGUUGCAACAACUAUGUUGUAUAUACAGGUGGUGCCACUAAAAUCUUCGCCUAUUACUGUAUUUUAAGUUUACCAUGGCAUCUGCAACAUUCUUUAUCUGUCACCCUGAGAAUACUGAAAAGUUCAUAGUAAAGAAUAUUUGAUAGCUGGGUAGAAAGUCAUACCAUCAUAAUACUGUUGUAAGUAUUUGGAUUAUUCCCACUAAACAGUUCCACUAGAUGUAACAACUUUUGUGAAGUGUUUUGCUUUUUUGCUUAGAAUUUGGAUGCAACAUCACAUUGGUGAUUU